AUGGAAAAGAAGAAACGCGCACGUGGUUUGGCUGCACAAAAGGCUGCUAAAAAGUCAAAGAUCGAGCAAGAGCCUGAUACCAGCAAUGCUCAAACCGUCAUGCUGGAGCAAAUUGUCGAAGAGGGCGAUGAGAUUGGUGAAGUGGUUGCUCUUUAUAUGAGUGCCAUGGUCAAGUGUGAGACGGAUGAUAUCGCAGGAGCACUCCCACUCUUCCGAGGCACCAUCAAUGAAUCGGAUCGUAUCUUGCGCAACUGGGAUGCAGAAAAGCAAGAACAACAAACACGACCUCCACCCAAAUUCUACUUUGCUUAUGGAUCAGCCCUCUAUGAACUCGGUCGUUUGAGUCAAGAUGAAGAUUUUGAACCUUACCUUGAUGCUGCUGAAGAACGUCUUGCCGAUGGUUUGGAGCGCUUUGAUGAAUUGGAAAAGGAAGAGGACAAAAAGGAAAACAUGGCCUAUGCUCAAAAGAUUCGUGUCGCACUCGCCAAAAUUUGGAUUGCAAAGGCUGCUAGCCAAGUCCAAGAAAGUACAUCCUCUGUACCCGACCUUGCAACCAAGGCGUUGGACACUUUGGAUAAAGUGCUUGCUGAAAAGGAGAACGAGCUUGAUACCAAUGACUUGGUGGAAAUUGGAGCUAUUGUACAAAGCCAUGGUGAGCUCUAUGGUGAUUUGGAGAAGCAAUCAAAGUUCAGAGAGUGGGCUGAAAAGGUGCUUUUACGUGUGGUCAAAGAUGAACCUGAAAACGUGCGCGCAUUGACAGAGUUGGGUCUGGGCCAAUUAUCAUUAGCCAACUUUUGGUUGGAUGCAGCCGAUAAGGAAGAGGAAGAAGAAGAAGAAGAGGAGGAGAAGGAAGAAUCAACUACCAUCUCACAGGAAGAAAAGAAUGCUCAAGAUGCUCUUUUGAAAUCCCAGGAAUACUUUGAACAAGUAUUGAACUUGUCGAGCAAGACCAACAAGGUGUUACCAAGGAUGCAUGCUGAUCUUGCCGAAGUGCUCAUCAAUCUUUCCAACCUCGUAUCGGACGAAGGCGAGCAACAAAAGUUGUAUCAACAAGCAGCCGAGCAUAUUCAAAAUGCAAAGUCUGUUGCUCAAAGCAAAGAAUUGGAGUACGAAUUACCGGAGGGCUUGCAAUUGUUUUUGGAGGAGUGGUCAUCUUCGCAAUAA